UCUAUCUUCGUACGAAACGUAAACAAGUAGCUUUUUACUUUUCAAGCAUCGAUGUAGAGAAACCUAUUUCAGUCUAAAACUUUGCUCAGCAAUUCAAAACUUCCAAACAGGUUCCUUUUGUCGUCGCCACUGUGGUUGGCUUGAACUCCCUAUUUGAUUCCUGGAAGUGAGCAAGCCGAGUGCGCAAGGUUAGCGAUCAGUACACGGGCAAAAAGGUUAAUCACACGGAGUGAAGGUUUGAGUAGAGCUUGUAAUUAUGUGUUCGUGUGGUAAUUGUUGCUCAGUGAUAGCUCAUUUUACUGUGGCGGGUCAUUACUAGGCUAGUUCCUUUUGCUAGUAAUGAGGAAAAGAACUGGAAAGGACGACAACCUUACUCGGCGGGAAAGGUCUGAAGGAAAAGAAACGGAAAGGAACGGAAAGGACGAAUAUCGUACUUGGUGGGAAAGGUCUGAAGAAAAAGAAAAGGAAAGAACUGGAAAGGACGAAUACCGCACUUGGUUGAAAAGGUCUGAAGGAAAAGAAACGAAGAGAAAUCGAAAUGACGAAUACCGUCCUUCGAGGGAAACGUUUGACGAAAAGCAAACGGAGAAGACAGCAAAACGAAAGAAAAUUUGCCAAGGCUCCAGCUGGCCAUCAGUUACAAUAAAGAAAAGAACAAGCGACUCUUCACCGAAGGAAUAUGCUACGAGCUUACUUGAAGAAAAAUUCAGAACCCGUCUAAUUGUAACUGACAGAUUAAAUUCUGGUAGAAACCUGGCCGACGACCAUUUGAUUGCAGAAUCGUCCUCAACAGUUCAUAGCUUGGGCGAAGCAACCCAUUUGACAGAGAAAGCAAUACCGCUUUGCCUCCCAGAUAAUGUCAGGUGGAAUCCACAGGCGGGAGCAAUAAAAUUUAAAGAUGAGCGUCGUUCAUUAUAUGUUGUGGAAGCAGCUAUUGAAGAGCUACGAAAAAUCAAAGAGCCCGUAUGUGUUGUAUCAAUAGCUGGACCAUGCAGGGAUGGAAAGUCCUAUAUUUUAAGUAAAGCAUUUAACCAGCCUGAUGUGUUUCCUGUGGGACAUAAGAUGGACCCUGAGACGAUGGGAAUUUGGAUUUGGAUUUUACAACACAAAAUGAAGGCUAGCAAACUUUGUUUUACGCAGUUGGUAGUAAUUGAAGAUGCAAAUCUAAGUAUUCAACAAGUAUUUUCUCUAAUUUCAUGUCAUGCCGUCUCGACGCAUUUAAGGAGAAGGUCACUCCAAAAGACGUUUUUUUUCUCAGCGCUAAUAGAAACCUUGCUAAGUUUAGCCACUCACAAAAGUUUCAGCCUCUAAAGUACAGGCUUUCUUUAUAAAACUGUCUCUAAAGAAGCCCAAAAUUCCACAUCGUUGCCGCCAUUUUGAAUAGUACUCAGCA